AUGAACAUCCUCCCCGAGACCUCCAUCUUCCGCCGCUUUGGAACGCUCAAUUCCUUAAACCUGCUCUAUCUACAAGCGGAGCUGACGGAUAUUGAGCACAAGCUCCGACAAGCUCAGGUUGCGGAUCACAAAGCGGGAACAGGGUUUAAGAACCUUUAUGCAAAGAACUGGUAUUUCCUUGACGCUUCGGUUCAGGAUGGUGAUGACCAGCAAUUACAGCUGGUCAAUUUGGCAUGCGAGAAGCUGGAUAAGUACAACACAGCCCUUAUUCAACAAGAGAAAAUACUCUCGUUUAGUCCUCCUGGCAAAUACGACAUGGACUACAUCCGCCGAUAUCUGGCUUCUGACGAGAUCGGCGAGCCGUACCCGCUGACCGGCGAUGACUCGGACACAUGGGGAACAGUUCAGGAGCCGAAAACCCAUGUCGAUGACCUCAUCGCCCUCAAGCCACGCCGGAAUGAAGAUGGAUUCUCAAACUGGAUUACAAGCAAGGGAAUUAUCAAAAUAUUUGCGCUUGGAGGUGCGCGCUUCGGCAAGCCAUCUGCAAAGCACGGUGGACGGGUCAGCUUUGAGGACACGGCCUUGCUACGCAUCACCUACAGUAUCACUAGUAUUCUUGCCUCUCUUAUGCCCAUCGCCUCCAUCGCUGUUCUCUACGUGGUGCAGUCGAUGAAGACACGAUUGGUGCUGAUUGCCGUCUUCAAUGUGCUGGUCACUGUGGUCUUCGUACAGGGUGGGAGUACGGUCGGUAAUACAGCGUGA